UGGCUCAGACAUUAGUGCUCAUAGCUACUGUGAAAGUCGAUACAUACUGUCAUACAACUCAUACACAAUGUCUAGGAGAGACGCCUCUGUUCAUCUACUUAGGAAGAUUGUGUUGGAUUUGCUUUUAUUGUCUGGAUUGGUUGGAUGCAUUGUUAUAACGAACUUUCUAUGGCAUCCGUUCGCUCGCGGAUUCUUCUGUGGCGAUGAAAGUCUUAUGUUUCCAUACAAGAAAGACACUGUAUCCAGCAGCAUGCUGAGAUUAGUCGGCCUUGGAUUGCCUAUGUUAACAAUGAUGAUCUGCGAGUUUGUUCUACUAAGGAAGGAACAGGAUGAUGUGGUAUGUUUCGGAAUUCGCAUCCCCGCCUGGAUCAGAGGAAUAUAUUGCGCGCUAGCAUCGUUUGGAUUGGGUGUUUGUUUCGUCGAACUGACCGCCAAUAUUGCUAAGAAUACUAUUGGAAGACCACGUCCUCAUUUCUUUGAUGUAUGUCAACCGUCGAUAGACUGCAACUCAGCAGAAUGGCGGAACCGGUACAUCCAGUCUCAUGAGUACCACUGCACUGGUAACAAGACAGAGCUGUUCAAGGACAUGAGGAUGUCAUUCCUGAGUGGUCACUCCUCGUGGGCCGCUUACACUAUGGUGUACUUAGCGCUAUAUUUAGAAAACCGCAUGGUCUGGAGUGGAACUCGGGUGUUGCGUCAUACUCUUCAGUUCUCCGCCAUCAUGCUGAGCUGGUUCACCGCUCUGUCCAGGGUCUCUGAUUACAAGCACCACUGGAGCGACGUACUGGCUGGCUACUUCAUGGGUCUAUCUGCUGCCAUCAUAAUGUGGAGUUGGGGAACCGAUCUAAUCCAGAAAAAGAAGCAUCAUAAAUCACUACCGCAACAUGACAUUACGCUAAAUAUACAAAAUAACGACAUUCUAUAAUACCAAAUGACAGUAUUAUAAUAGUUAUGCUAUUAUAAUACUUACCUAUUUCAUGUACCUAAGUUACUUUAAAUUCAUAGUUAUAAGUAUUUUAAUUGUGUUAGGUGUUAUUACAAUAAAAAAUAAGUUAAUUAUAUUCUCAAUACAAGUGUAGUAAGUAAUACUGUGAGUUCUUAGUUACGAAAGUAAACUAUUUAAAACUUAGUUAUAAAAUAAAUUACUAUGAAAAUAGUUAUUAACUUACUUGUUAUGAAAACUAAAGUACUGCUUGUUAAAUUAAAGAUGUAAAUAAACUAAUAAAAUUUUAAAGAUAAAUAAAGAGAAAAUAAAUGACCUGAAACUUAGUUAAAAAACAAGUUCAUAAAACUCACUAACUUGUUAUGAAAACUAAAAUACUAUCAUGUUAAAUAGUGUCUUUACGUUAACAAACUAAUAAAAAAUGAAAUAUAAGUAAUAAAGAGAUAGUUUAUUAUCAUUUUUAUUUG